AUGGAUACGCAGCCGCCUCUGAUCUCAAACCAAGGUAGUGGACAGAAUGAUGCACCAUCUCCACCUGCUCCGCUCGAGCAGCUUCCAGCCGAGGUGUGUGAUGCUUGUGGCAACCUUUUUAUGCCAGACUCGAACUUUUGCCGGCAAUGCGGGGCAGCACGCAAGGGAACUGCGGCAGCUGCACCGAGCUUGCCAAAAGGAGCUUCCUUUGUUGAGGUGACUGCAGAAGCAGCUGCCCCAAACAGUUCGCUGCACUUGCAGGUGCUCAUUGAAAUCGGCGGACGGUGGCUGUGGGCGAAUGGUCUUGUGGCAAUUGUUCUUCUGGGAUUCAAAAACUUGAAGUUUGACUAUCCAGCAGGUUGGGCAUGGGCUGAGCUGUGCAUGCUCCUGACUUUUUUGCUUUUACUUUGCUUGCAGCGAUGGAGCGGCUGCUAUGCCAACAGGGCUCAAAGCGCGAUCUCAAUGGCAUGCUUCCUGGCGCUCUCUGGAGUACUGCUGCUACUGGUCAGCUAUUUCGCUGGUUUGCAGGUCUAUGUGAUGGAGGCAGAGUUUGUCAUGGGUCUAAUUUCUCUGUCGAUAUUGGCUGGUCAGUUCCUCUUGGGAGUCAUUGCAGGCCACAAGUAUUCCAAGAGGACUGGCGACUCAGUUCUGGUGUAUUUGGCAGCUGCUGUAGCGUUUGCUGCUUUGGUCACUGCUUGGGUGGUGGACUUGGUGGCUGGAGCACUGAGCGCUGAGCAGAUGUGA